UUACACCGGACGUGCCAUCUAAAGCUGUGAUUGGUCGGAAUCCUCUGACCUCGGCAGAGACUCCUCCUUGUCUCCGGCAGAGGACAGGUUCAACAUGGCGGCGUCCCUGAAGUGUAUUCUCCGCUCAGGAAAAAGUGCCGUAUCGGCUCUGGGACGGCGGGAGUUCCACAGGAGUUCUCCUGCGGCUGUGCAGAUGACAGUCCGUGAUGCCCUGAACCAGGCAAUGGACGAGGAGCUGGAGAGGGACGAGAAGGUGUUCCUGCUGGGCGAGGAGGUGGCUCAGUACGAUGGAGCUUACAAGGUUAGCAGGGGUCUGUGGAAGAAGUACGGAGACAAGCGUAUCAUUGACACUCCGAUCACAGAGAUGGGCUUCACUGGUAUCGCAGUUGGGGCUGCCAUGGCUGGUCUGAGACCCAUCUGUGAGUUCAUGACCUUCAACUUCUCCAUGCAAGCCAUCGACCAGGUCAUCAACUCUGCAGCAAAGACCUACUACAUGUCAGCUGGUCUGCAGUCGGUGCCCAUCGUCUUCAGAGGCCCCAACGGAGCGUCAGCGGGCGUUGCAGCUCAGCACUCGCAGUGUUUCGCUGCAUGGUACGGACACUGUCCAGGUCUGAAGGUUGUGAGUCCCUGGAACUCAGAAGAUGCUAAAGGUCUCCUGAAAGCAGCCAUCAGAGACAACAACCCUGUGGUGUUCCUGGAGAACGAGCUCAUGUAUGGCGUUCCCUUUGAGAUGUCAGAGGAGGCACAGUCCAAAGAUUUCACCAUUCCCAUCGGCAAGGCCAAGGUCGAGAGACAAGGGACUCAUGUGACUUUGGUGACUCACUCUCGGUACGUCAGUCACUGUCUGGAUGCUGCCGUGGUCCUCUCCAAGGAGGGAAUCGAGUGUGAGGUCAUCAACCUGAGGACCAUCCGUCCAAUGGAUGUGGACACUAUUGAGGCCAGCGUGAUGAAGACUAACCACCUGGUGACCGUGGAGGGCGGCUGGCCUCAGUUCGGUGUUGGAGCUGAGAUCUGUGCCAGGAUCAUGGAAGGUCCUGCCUUUAACUUCCUGGACUCUCCAGUCACCAGGGUAACAGGCGUGGACAUCCCCAUGCCCUACGCCAAAAUCCUGGAGGACAACAGCCUGCCGCAGAUCAAAGACAUCAUCCUGUCCGUUAAAAAGACCCUCAAUGUCUGAGACACACACACACACACACACACACACAUACAUACAUACAUACAGGACAGACCAACCUGAAUCCUCUGUCUUUUACGCACAGACGAUGUAAACAUUGUCAGAGAAAACAUUUAAAACGUGUAAAUACAGCCAAAGUCUCCUUUAAAAACGCUCCAGAUUCAUACAUGAUGUUGAUCACUGCGGCGCACAGAUGUUUGUUUGUACCAGAGCAGUGGAUGCGCAGAGUUCAGUCAACUUCACCUAACUCUGUGUCGCUCCGGCUGCUCCCUCCACUUCCUCCCCUCUAAAAUAAGUCGCUCCACCCUGUCUGGUUUUAAUUCACUCUGGGGGACAACAGAACUACUUAAUGAGAUGGAAAAGGUCAAGGUUUGAUCGGUUUGUGUGUCGGAGAUCAGGCCCAGAGUUUGUUUUGUAAAGAAAUGUGUGCAUUUAUUUUCUCCAGACCCUUCAGCACCUCCUCCUUUGGUUUUGUUCCCGUGUGUCAGUUCUGAUUCAAAUACGAGUGUGAAGCAGUAUUAAAUAUAAGAACUUUAAUUUAAUGGUCGGACCCUACACUUAUUUUUUUACACUUAUAAAUAUGUCAUCUGUUUUCCAUAAGCAAAUGAAAAAGGGUUAAAACACAUUAAUCCACCCUUAACUUAAAGAGUAAACUCUGAUUUAAAGAGUCUUAAGUUUGUCCUCCCCUCUUCUCAACUUUAGACGUUCACACUGAUGAAACCUCGUCUUUGCUCCUCAUAGUUCUGUUGUUCAUAAACUCAAUUUUAGAUUUAAACAAACACGUAAGACUCAGUCUCUAAAUGUAACUCCUCACACUGACUCGGGUUCGUCUCUAAAAUCAGCGUUGAAGAAUGAAUGAGCCGGGAGACGUAGUGGGAAUAUUUAUUGUAGCUGCAGCAGCUCUGUGGAUGUUUUUCUUGCUGUAAAUGAAUCUGUUACAGAAAUAAAAACCUUUCAGCCCCUC